AUAUCCUAAAGCACCGUAUUGUUCUCCUUGUUUCUUUCCUAUCAAAACAAAAAAUGGCUUCUUACCUUACUCAUUGUGUUUUGAAAAUUUUCCUUAUGAUAGCUCUGUUUCAAAUAUGUUCGGCCGGAAGGAAGCUGAGUGAACUGGUGCAAGACCAGCCUCAGCUCUUGACAUACCACAACGGUCCCCUUCUUUCUGGCAAAAUUACAGUCAAUUUGAUUUGGUAUGGCAAGUUCAAGCCUUCCGAGAGGGCUAUCGUCUCCGAUUUUGUUGCCUCACUUUCCUCCCCCGCCCCGCCUCAAAAUAACCAGCCCUCUGUUGCCCAGUGGUGGAAAACAACGGAGAAGUAUUACCACCUCUCCUCCAAGAAAUCGUCGCUUUCCCUGUCUUUGGGAAAACAGAUUCUCGACGAAAACUAUUCAUUCGGGAAGUCUCUCAAAAACAAACAAAUCGUUGAAUUAGCCUCCAAGGGUGACCAAAAGAAUGCUAUCAACGUUGUUUUAACAGCUUCCGAUGUUGCUGUUGAAGGGUUUUGCAUGAGCCGAUGUGGGACUCAUGGGUCAGCCUUGGGCUCAACCAGUGGUCACAUCAAGGCCAAGAAGUACUCCAAAUUCGCUUACAUUUGGGUUGGUAACUCCCAGACUCAGUGCCCCGGUCAAUGUGCCUGGCCCUUCCACCAACCAAUCUACGGACCACAAAGCGCUCCUUUGAUUGCACCAAACAACAAUGUGGGUCUGGAUGGCAUGGUGAUCAACUUGGCUAGUCUCUUUGCCGGGACUGUCACCAACCCUUUCGGAAAUGGUUACUUCCAGGGCCCAGCGGAGGCACCAUUGGAGGCUUCAUCAGCUUGUCCCGGCAUUUAUGGUAAAGGGGCUUAUCCAGGAUACGCAGGAAACCUACUUGUAGACGCAACAACGGGUGCUAGCUACAAUGCUCAUGGUGACAAUGGCAGGAAAUACUUGCUUCCUGCUUUGUAUGAUCCUUCAACAUCAUCUUGCUCGACUUUGAGCUAACCACCUGAAGCAUCGAUUAGCUAACCAUCGGUGCUAGCUACAAUGCUCAUGGUGACAAUGGCAGGAAAUACUUGCUUCCUGCUUUGUAUGAUCCUUCAACAUCAUCUUGCUCGACUUUGAGCUAACCAUCUGAAGCAUCGAUUAGCUGAAUGUACACGGAUUAGGGUUUAAUUCUUUUAUUUGUUAAAUUAUUAUGAUUAUGCGGAUAAUAAAAUACCAGCAAACUACUUGGGUUUGCUUUUAUCA